UAGAGUCUGGGGAUCGAUCUCACCUUUUCUUGGCGGGUUCGUCGAAAGGAUUUCAGGAUUUGACGAAUCGUGUAUUUCUACGUCCUGGCAAAAUGCUCCGUUGAAUUUGAUUCAUUUGGGAGGUAAUAAUUAUAGAACAAUAUGCUGUUGGACAAACGGAGACUUCUCUAUAAAACACGGAGUCACAAUGUAGAAGGCAUGACACAAGUGGGCCAAGAUGAGUGAACCAUUAUUUAACAGUGCUGUGACAGUGUGUAUCAAGUGCACUGGGCAUGAUGACAGGACCUCAUCGGUCAGAGUUCAGCUGGAAAUUCAAACUGCAUCGUCGCCAUUACAGAGAAAGGAACUGAAUGUCCGUCUGACAGAUGACGCUGAUCCUUUCUUCCUAUUCAACCUUAUGCUUGGAGAAGACGACUUUCAAAGUCUUAAGGUUCAGCAAGGUUUGUUGGUUGACUUCACAGCCUUCCCCCAAAAGCUCAUAGAAUUGCUGCAACGAUGUGCUGAGGAACAGAGUAAAGACGCUCCAAAAUUUGUGUUGCAGCUGAUUCGGUCGGAGCCCCUAAGCCACGGUCUAGCUGAGCUGUGCAUUGUGGAGACCAACCCAUUCAAACAUCUUACCCAUCUUGCUCUCAAGCUACAGCCAGGUGGCGACGCUGAUGUCAAAAAGUACCUGGCGUCUUGCUUGAAACGCUUGCAGGGUGACCAUAACAACCUUUCUCAAAGACUCAAACUGACUGAGUCAACGCUUUCAGGACAGCUCCAAGAGUCUCAGAAGGCACUCUCAGCUCGCACUCGUGAGCUGGAAAGCCUAAGAUCAGAAUGGAGUGCCCACACAGACAGCCUGAAUGCCAAACACAAGCAGGAGAUUGCUGAGAUCAAACAGAAUGCAUUACAGACUCAGCGAGACAUGGAGCAACGUUAUGAGCAGGAGAAGAAGCAAAUGGAAGACAUGAGACAGCAAAGGUCUUCUGAACUGCAGUCUCGCCUAGCUGACCUUCAGACAGCCAAUAAGGAAUUGACCGACAGGAAGUAUCGGCUGGAGUCAUCUGUCAGGGAGCUGAAAGGAAAACUGACAACGUUGGAGGAGGACUAUCAGCGGGCCCAGCAUGAGCUGCAAGCACUGCGACAGCAGCGGGGGAGUCUGGAAUCAGACCAGCGGAGCCGGGAACAGACUCUGAGUCAGCAGCAGACGCGUAUUGCUGUGAUGCAACAAGAGGUGCGGGAUAAGGAGGCCUUGCUGGCUAAGAGCAAUCAACUGAUGGAAUCGGCCAAUGAACAGAAGGCCAAGCUUGAAGAGAGUAUUCAGCACAAGAAUAGUCUGGUGGCCAAGUUGGAGAGCACCGUCAAAUCAACAUCACAGGAGGUUAUGAAGGGAAAUGAGAUCAUUAAGAAGUUGCAAGGGGAACUCAAGGCCUCGCUAGCAAAGCUGAAGCUGAAGAACACUGUAACUGGCAAACAGGAGAAGUUAUUGGAGGAGCGUAACCAGACAUUGAGGGCGCUACAACAAGAUGCAGACGGGCUGAAAACAAAAAGCCAACAACUAGAAAAUGAGAAUGACAGAAUGAGAGAGACGCUGGAGAGUACAAGGACAAAACUGGAGGAAAGCCGACAACUGCUGAAAACUAAUGAAAAUGUCAUCAACUGGUUGAAUAAACAGGUGAACGAAGCCCAGAUGAGUAAGCGACAUGGCAUGUUUGAGGUUCCUACAUCCACUGUGGCUUACAGACCCCAAGGGGUUCCUGCAGCAGUGUCCUCCAGCCGUCCAUGGCCCAUGUCUAGCACCCAUCUCACCAACACCAUGAGCACCAUACCCCAGUCCACACCCAUGGGCUAUAACUCAUCUACGGCUAGUGCACCCAGCACCUCCAAACGCAGUGAACCAGCACUGGACCCCAAGUACUUACAGCAUCCCAGCCAGCACCACAGCCAACCCCCUGGCCAACACCCCAGCCAACACCCCAGCCAACACCCUGGUCAAUACCCCACCGCAUCUGCCAGGGAUGGCGGGCCACUCCAGAAAUCAGGACCUGUACCGCUUCAGUUGAGCAGCACCCCUAUGGCUCCCACCGCCCCGGCACCAUCCGUACCCCCACUGAUGAGUGCCUAUUUCCCUCCACAGCUCAAAGGGACCACCUGAAGACUAAAGCAGGGCCCAAUUUCAUGGCACUGCUAACCACAGAAUUCUGUGCUUACGACACAUUCUGUGCUAAUGACACAUUCUGUGCUUACGACACAUUCUGUGCUAACAGCACUAGCAAAAAAUUCUGUGCUAACACUAAGCACAGAAUCCUGAGUUACUGGAAGUACGCAUACAUGUGCAUCCGCCAAAAUUUCUUGCUAACCUGUGAAAUAGGCUUACCGUAAGCACAUAAUAUUCUGCCACAGUAACUAA